AGGUCACCAUCUCGUUGCAAGAUGCUCGUCUGGCAUUUGAACUUCUCGAAAAUCUGGGCACCGCUGCACUUGAUUAUUCAACCAAACUCUCCAGGAACCCAGACGAGCCCGGGUUUUACAUCAGCUGGAAGUCUCAAGAAGCACUGGGCAAACUUAUGGGUCUUGCCUGGUGGAAGCAGCUGCGGACUGUUCUGGGUGCCCUCUUGGCCGGUUGGUCCGUUUUGCUCUGCGGUCCAAUGAGCAUGAGCCUACACACGGUUGGAGCGAAUGCGUUGAGGUUGAGGCGAUUCCUGCGCCAAAGAACAUGGCGCCGCCGAUCCGACGGCCUUCACUUUGACGUUCUGAUACCUUUCAUGCAGACGGCAGUGCGACUCUACCGUUUCCGGACUGGGACACGGUCUUACAGCUACCGAUUUAUGCUCACCGCCUUCCAGGAUCUGAAUUGCAAAGAUCCUCAGGACAUGUGGCCUGCUCUGGGAAUCAUCCAUCAUAUGCCAUUAGCACUUGAUACUGACACCAACGCGAAAAUCGUCUCGAGGUACAUUCAUACUAAACAAGACCUCCUCCCUCUAGUGAGGACGACCGAGUAUGGACGAGGCGCCCCUCUCCCAUCAUGGGUGCCAGAUUGGGAGGCAGGCGUCGGGUCCCAGUUGCAUUUCUAUAACGAGCUCAGUUUCAUCAUGUCCUGGGAAUUAUUUAAUGCCUCUUCUGGCAGAUCUCUCUUGGUGGAGAUGUGGCCAAACAGCAUGCUCCGUCUGUUGGGUGUCAUUGUUGAUGAAGUUCGGACCACAUAUAGCGUGAUGGAACCGCGCAUCGAUGAGCCGGUCAUACGAGUCAAGACGGGGCCGAAGCGUCUCGAAGGAAAUUUGAAGACAUUGCUUGCAAAAGGGGGAAACAGUGAACAUGUCUCAAAUGACUUCUGGCGUCUGCUUACGUGCGAUAUCCGGCCAGACGAGAAAGACGAUCUGAAAUGGAGACGAGCACGCUCUUCAGAUCGAGUGGUCUGUGAGCGGGAGUAUAGAAAUGGAUUGCUGGGACACGGAGUCAGGGGUAGAAGGCUGUUUUCAGCGGGCCAGGGAGACUUCGGGCUGGGCCCAGCGAACACAAUGAUUGGAGAUGUUGUUGCGGUACUAUAUGGUGGGCGGUUCCCCUUCAUCCUGCGCCGAGCACCAGGCCGGAACACUUAUACUCUUGUCGGUUACGCCUACGUCCAAGGUAUUAUGGAUGGAGAGGCUCUCUCCGGGGCGGCCGAGACGGAGGAGAUAUUCCUUAUUUAGUCUGUAGUUGCAAGUUUUAUCCAUUGCAUAUACCCAC